CCCAUGUUUCUCGCGCACACACUCACACACACACACUCACACACACAGAGGCUGUGGUGAAGCAGACGCUCAGCAGUGGGAUGGAUCCUGACUACUAAAGAGCAACGGAGAGAGAGGAAGGGUGGCAGGCAGCCGGCAGAGGUGCAUAAAUCCUCAUUUCCAGAUCUGGAGGAAGAAACGUUCGCUGUCCGGGGCGAGACCACCACGUUGGCUUUCAAAAACAUCAGGAGGCAGUGCUUACCACAGCUCUCUGUGAAUCCAGGAGAGGCGAGAAACCCGGCUGAGGCUGUCAAACGCAGAGAAACCGGACGGCGUCACUCCAGUCUUUUCAUGUGACUUGGUCUUUCUGGAGCUGUCACUGUGUUUGGUUCUGCAUGGAAUGACAGCUGCUUUUUUAGAGACAGCGGAAGAGGUCGCAGAUGGAGUGAGGACUGCCACUAACAGGAAAGCUCCUUGAGAAAUCAUAAAGAACCUCUUCAAAGACUUGCUGCUUUUUCAAGCGUUUAGACUUGCCUCGUUGCACACUUUUUACCAUUUGUCUCACUGGAUACCAAUGACAGCCAUGAAGGGAGACUCUGAAGACAGCAUUGAAAGCGUGAGGCCGUCCAGCCUGCAAGUUUUCGCCAACUCCUCCACACUACAUGGCAUGAGCCACAUAUUCGCCUAUGGCCACAUGACGUUCCGCCGCUUCUUAUGGACACUGUCCUUCAUGGGCUCUUUGGGUCUCCUGAUGUUUGUGUGCAUGGACAGAGUGUACUACUACUUCGAGUUCCCCCACGUUACCAAACUUGACGAGGUGGCGGCGCCCAACCUCACCUUUCCGGCCAUCACCUUCUGCAACCUCAACGAGUUUCGCUUUUCGAAGAUCACGAAGAACGAUCUCUACCACGUCGGGGAGCUAUUGGCAUUGCUCAACGAAAACUAUCAGAUCGCUAACCCUCACCUGGCCGAGCCGGAAGUCCUCGCUUUGUUGAAGGAGAAGGGUAAUUUUGUCAACUUUAAGCCCAAGCAGUUCAACAUGACGGAUUUCUACAACCGCACGGGCCAUGAUAUCAACGACAUGCUCUUGCAGUGCACCUUCAGAGGGGAGGAUUGCUUCCCUGUAAACUUCACCACUAUUUACACAAGAUAUGGGAAAUGUUACACGUUCAACUCUGGUCUGGAUGGAAACCCCUUGUUGACGACUUUAAAAGGCGGAACAGGAAAUGGUCUGGAAAUCAUGCUGGAUAUUCAACAGGAUGAGUACUUGCCGGUUUGGGGUGACACAGACGAAACCUCAUACGAGGCCGGCAUCAAAGUUCAGAUCCACAGCCAGGAUGAGCCGCCCUUCAUAGACCAGCUGGGAUUUGGUGUGGCUCCUGGUUUUCAAACUUUCGUGUCUUGUCAGCAACAACUGCUCCAGUAUCUUCCUCCUCCCUGGGGCGACUGCAGAUCUGAACCGAUGGACUCUGAAUACUUCUCCACCUACAGCAUCACGGCCUGUCGCAUCGACUGCGAGACGCGCUACCUGCUGGAGAACUGUAACUGCAGAAUGGUGCACAUGCCAGGCACCUCUACGGUCUGCACACCCGAACAGUACAAAGACUGCGCCGAUCCAGCUUUAGAUUUUCUAGUGGAGAAGGACAACGAUUACUGUGUCUGCGAGACGCCGUGCAACAUGACUCGAUACGGCAAAGAGCUGUCCAUGGUGAAAAUACCCAGCAAGGCUUCAGCCAAAUAUCUCGCCAAGAAGUUUAAUAAAACCGAGCAGUACAUUGCGGACAACAUACUGGUGCUGGAUAUCUUUUUUGAGGCCCUGAACUAUGAGAAAAUUGAACAGAAGAAAGCAUACGAAGUGGCUGGAUUACUUGGUGACAUUGGUGGUCAGAUGGGUCUGUUUAUAGGAGCCAGCGUCUUGACUAUAUUGGAGAUAUUUGAUUAUUUGUAUGAGGUUUUUAAGGACAAAGUGCUGGGACAGGUUCUACGCAAGAGACGGCCGCAUCGGAGCGCCAGUGACAAUCUGGAUUUCCCCGAGAAUCCCACCAGCCCUGGUGUCACGCCUAACCAUGUCCCCAGCUUUCAAGAUGGAGAUGAUGUUUUGCAGAAGUUCAGAGCACAUGCGACACACUCCGGAGUCACUCGGACAGCCUCGGAUUCGCGCCGAACGUGCUACCUAGUCACCCGACUAUAGGCAACUUCGAGGAGUUCGCCUGUUGAUGAUGACGCAGGCGACGGGACGGUUUAGGAUACGACGGAAAACUGUGAAAUAUAUAUCGGAUAGACUCCAAAAGAAGUGUAAGUCCACGAAAAAGUACAUGUUAAAUAGUUAAAAAAAAAAAAACCCACCUGAAUAGAAUCAAUAUAUCAUCAUCAAGUACAAAAAUAGGCAACACUUCCAAAACAAAAACUCAGGUUUUAUUAACAUCACAGCCGCUGUUUGUUUGACAUUGUGGAAAAUCCUGGUAGAUUUCAUGCCAUUUCUUUUCGGACGAUUUCAAACGUACAAAUACUGUGACGGUGUUUCAUCCGAGAGAGUAUUUUUUUUUUCUCUGUGCUUUUCUGAAUCCUGUACGAACACUGUGGGCCUAAUUUGAUCAAGCCGCCUUAAACGAAUCUGAAAAAGAAAGCAUUUUAAUAUUGCACAAAAAUUGUUAUAGAUCCAGUCGGUUGGGCCAAGGUUUCAAUCUAUUUUGGCACUUUUUUUUGUACAAUAAUCGUGUGAGCUUUAACCGCGGUUUGACUGAAUUCAGCCCUGCGAUAGUACUCGAAAUGAUGUAAUCAUUCAGAACGUUCGUCUUCGCUCAUAUUUUGUGUAUAUAAGUGCAAUAAUAUGCAUAACGUGUUAAUGAAUACCCGUAUAUUACCUUCAAGUCUUAAUUAUUAGCUGUCAGGUAAACAGAAGGAACCGGAUGCUUUCGGUACGACCUGAGUUACCAGCACUCGCGCCGUUUUAUUUCCACGCUCUGAUGUUACUCUAUUUAUUUCCACUUCCAUCCACUAGGCCGUGAAGAGACGGGAUGCUAUUAGAUUUAUGAAUGAUGCAUUUUAUGUGUAAAGCUUCACUCAUCCAGUCCCGCGUGUGAACCCAUUCAUCAGAUUGUUUCCUCCAGGAGCUAAUUCAUUACUUUAAGUGGCAAAGACUGUAUGCGACGUGUUGAUGUGAAAAUCAAAUCAUCAGUCGCUGAAAAGCUCUUGACGACUUACGCGCUCAUAUUAAUUAUGAUGAGCAUAAAAAUACAUUUAAAAAAAUCCACUAGAAAAUAUACGAUUACUUUAAACGAUACGGUUGAAAAAUCUGACGUAUUGCUCAAAAGUGCUUUCGUUCAAUUAUUUUACGUUUCGGGGGUCAACCUUAGAAGUUACAGGUGUCUUCCUUCUCUUGCAUGAACUGCUCAGAUAUACAUGUUCAAAUAUAGCCCCAAAUGUAUCUGGACGCUUAAAGCGGUAGCUCACCUAAAAUGAACGGGAUUUGCUCACCCGAGGUUUAGAUGAGAUGUUUGUUUCUUUAGCAGAACAGAUGUGAAGAAAUGUAGCAAUGCUUCGCUUGCUCAGCAACGGAUCCUCUGCGGCGAAUGGGUGCCGUCGGAAAGAGAACCCAAACGGAUGAUAACCAAGUUAGAAUAAGAGCUGCUGUGCGUUUAUAACCAUUUAUAACUCCAUACUGUUGCUUCAGGCUAAAACACUUAAGUCCAUAAUCUAUAAUAACUGUUCCUCUAGUGGAAAAAGGUCAUCUCUUGUGUUACAGAAGGUUGGUCAUUAUGGUUUAUGGGCUGGUAUUUAAACGGUUACAAUGCCUUUGGGUUUAUUAGACAUAUUUUGAUGCUUUGUGGAUUAUUGAUGUUUUCAUCAUCCGUUUGGACUCUCAAUCCGACGGCACCCAUUCACUGCAGAGCAAGUGUUGUAAUGCUUAAUUUCCCCAAAUGUGUUGGAUGUUAACAUCUUCAUUUUUGUGACAACUAUGCCUGUAAAAAGUCUGGAUGUCAUUGCAUUAGAUUAAAAAAAAAAAAAAAACGAUCGAACCAAGUGGCAUUUAUUUUAAAGAAAUAUAGCACAAGCACACUUUCAAACCAAAACAGGUGUGCAAAAUGAAGACAAAAGGUGUUUCAUAUCUUAACGAAUUAUGCUCAUCUUUUUCGCGUGAUGAACCCAAACACCUCGAGGCCCGUUGGUUGAAAAAAAAAUGGCUCGGAAAAAUCAGUUCAGUUCUCAUGCAGUGACAUUUUUGAGCGUCCAAGUACGUUUUGGGUCGCUUAAGCUUCACUACAGCACAUUGCAAUAUGGUAAAAGGCUAAUAUCAUCUUCCAUCAUGUUUUCUGCACUUCAGCUACGAUGUAUUAUUGUAUUGUUUUAUAUAAACUACAAUGGGAUUUCUAGUACAGGUAUCACAAUUUUAAAACGGAGAGUUGUGACAUGUAAAUGAACCAGUAUAAUAAACAAUAUAUUUAACCAUCUCUUAACAUGUUGUACGUCUGUUGAUUCUGUAUGCGAGCCCGUUUGUUUUAUUCCCCCUAGUCGUGCAGAUAUAUAUAUACCUAGCAAUAAAGAAUAACUGUGUACAAGUGAUGCUAGCAAUGCAAAAACAGACCAAGACGGCAAAAUCCCGGUUUUGCUAUGGUUUAUUUUUUGAUAGUGUUAUUUUCAUCAGACCAAAAAAAAGUCAAAAUCCAACAAAAAGAGAUAAAUAUCGAAACAAAUUAAAUAUACAUAUACAUAUAUAUUUAUAUAUAUAUAUAUGUAGCACCUGGCACAGUCCGACCCCAGACUGUUUAAACAGAACAUUAAGAUAAGAGAGUCAUAAAACGAUGUGUUUUACUUCUGCAGUUCAGUCUUGUGUGGAAAAACCCUCCAAUCCCGUAACACUGCAAACAGCAACUACAUCCCGUUCGCUAACGUCCCACACGAAUAAAUACUGUACACGCGCGGUCUUAAGGUACAUCCGGAGGUAUUUCGGUGGGUGCGAUGUGGACGCCGUUAUCUAACAACUCUGACUGCAGUAUUUCAAGUAGAUGAUUUCUGACACGCUCCGGCCACAGGAAGUUCAGUGUUUCACGUGAAUCGUGGGUAUAUCUCCGACCAGAGCGCCAUGUGUAAACUGUCAAAAGCCCUUAGGCUCUCGUGAUUGUGAUAUUUUACAGAGACCAAAGUUUCCUGCGCUUGUAGUUACAACUGUUUUGUUCUGGAUCACGGCAGGGUCUAGUCUGAAACCUGACUGAAUUCUUAACGCAGGCGACACGCAUAAAAAUCACACCCUUCGUAUUCGGGUCGACACACACACACACACACCACGUUAACUGCUUAAACUGAUGGAUUCUGGGAUUGGGCUCGAAAGAUCAUCUGUCAGAUGUGUAAUAUUCCAUUAAACACGCAGGAAGAGAGCGUCAGCGGUUGGGUGCAGGGUAAAAAUCCUCCAAAACACAUCACUUGCACUUUCAAGCUAACUUUAAGCUCGAAUAGUGUUUCGUUUGAACUUUUUAAGUGGUUAAAUAAUGUGCUGAUCUGCUCUUUACAAGCUCAACAAGUAGUCUAGAAAUAAGAUUUCAAUGGCUGAAUUGGGUCUAAUGUCUGGCUUUAAAAAAAUGCUUUAAUUUGUAAUAAUUUAAUCUGUUUUUCCACAUUAACUGUUCAGUUUUAUAAUCAUUCUUAAAGCUUUAGUAUCAUUUAAAUAAAUCCUUUAAUGCAGUCAUAUGGUCAUCUAAGAUGUUUUAAUAUGAUUAAAACUAUCAUAUUUGUUGCUGUAGAUGAAAGGCUCACAACAUACCUAUGUUUUAGAGAAUAAGACUUCAUUUAUUUUGCGCGUUCUCUUUUAACAUCGAACACUUUUUGGUAAAAGCGUGAUAAGUAUUAUUGCUAAAAAAAAUUUUUUCCUUGUUUAAAUUGAACUUUUUUUAAUCUCAGGCUAAGAGGUUGUCAAAACCGAUUCAAAUGCGAAUUACUUUUAAUUUAAAUACAAUUUUACAUUAGGUGAAAAUUAUCCUCAAGUCUAUAUAUUAUAUUUUCUUUCAGGAAAAAAAAAAAAGUAAUAAAUUUGUGACAAAUAAUAAUUUUUUUUUCUCAUGAGGCAACUGGUAUGAUUUUACAUUCAGUGAUAUUUUCUGUC